CCCUGCCCUGCUUUUGAACAAUCAAUUAACCCUACUUGCGGCGAGGCGCGGGUGAUCUUCAAGACGGGAUAAAUUCAAAGCUUAAGCAGGUCCAAGCAAUGCCACUUUUCCAUGUCGUCCACUCCAAUUCCCACAAAUCAAAAGUCUUGGCUGACGCAACGCGCCUUAACGGCGUCAAAAUAUUGGACAAGCGAGGAUCAUCUUAACUGGAAGAAUACAAAUGCAACUCUAACCUUGGCAGGAACCGAAAAUUGAUGAUGAUGAUUAUGGGUCUUUGAAUUGCGGGAGCUAUGUGCUUUGACCAAGUUGUACGUAUUAAUCCUGUUCAGUAUUUAUAUAUGAACGGCAAGGGAAGAACUUGUAAGUCUGUUUGUUUUCUUUCCUGGCCUAGAAGUAUAUUCCAGCUUCAGCUUCAUCAAAUUGUUCCUUACGAUGUACUCUUCAAUCCCCACGUUCGUUUCUUUGGCCAUCUUCACGACGAUAGCACAGAGUCACUCUCCAAAUGCCUACUAUUUCAAUCCCCUCGAGCACCUUGCUGGCGUAACACCACCCUUCGACCCCCUCGAUCCUCCUCUCGAUCCCACUCCUCCACAGGGCUGCAACGUAACUCGAGCAGCAUAUUUAAUUCGGCACGCUGCAAUCUACGCAAACGACUUCGACUACGAAUCCUACAUCUCCCCGUUCGUUUCCAAGCUCUCCAACACAACCGUCGACUGGAGCAAAAUUCCCACUCUCUCAUUUCUUUCAACAUGGAAAAUCCCAUUCACCGACUCGGAGCAGGAGAUGUUGACACGAAGUGGUAAAUUGGAAGCUACAAGAUUGGGUGUGGACAUUGCGCAGAGAUAUCAGUCGUUGCGGACACCAAAGAAGAUAUGGAGUUCGACAGCUGAGAGGACGGUGAAGAGCGCGAAGGCGUUGGCGGUAGGGUUGGCAGAUGAUGAGAAGGAUGUGAGCGUUGUGGAGAUCUAUGAGGGCGAAGAAGAUGGUGCGAAUUCGUUGACUCCAUAUGAGAGUUGUCCAGCAUACAGUUCAUCAGCAGGGAGUGAUCAGUCUUCUGAAUUCCUCAACAAGUACGCCGCACCCCCAGCAGCACGCUUCAACGCCGCCGCCCCAUCCUUCAACUUCACCUCCAAAGACAUCUACGCCAUGUCCCUCCUCUGCGGCUACGAGACCGUCAUCCGCGGCUCUUCUCCCUUCUGCUCCCUCGACCUGCUCACCCCCAACGAAUGGCUCGGCUUUGAAUAUACAAACGAUAUAAUGUACCACUACAACACCGGAUACGGCUCCCCCGUCUCCGGCGCCGUUGGCUUCCCCUGGGCAAACGCCACCUUCCACACUUUGAUGUCAGAGCAAAAUAACAUCUCAAAUGCGACCACCGAUCAAGACCUAUACAUAUCUUUCACACACCGAGAACUUCCUCCCACAGUGCUCGUCGCCCUCGGACUUUUCAACAACAGCGCUUUCUCGGGCGCGAACAACAUCAAUGGGACUAUGCCCAGCGACAAGAUCAACCAUCAUCGGGCAUGGAAAUCAAGUCAUAUCUUGCCGUUUUUGACGAAUGUCGCGGUGGAGAAGAUGGAGUGUGACAGUUUUGCUUUUGAGAAGGGGACUUAUUAUAGGGUUUUGGUGAAUGAUAGUCCGCAGAGUUUGGAUGGGUGUUCGGAUGGGCCUGGGGAGAGCUGUGAGGAGGGGGAGAUGGAGACGUGGUUGGCUGGAAGGGCGGAGGUUGUGGGUGCGUUUGGGGAGAUGUGUGGGGUGGAGUAUGGGAAUAGUACAGAUGUGUUGAGUAUUUAUAGUUCGUAGGAUGAGGUAAUGUUUAUUUCUAAG